UAAAUCUCGACUUGAAAGCAUGAACGUCAAGUAUCUGAGCGCCCGGCAAAAUCAAUUGACUGCCACGACAUAAUUAAAAAUAACCGAGUCCAGAAGUGAACAAGUCCUCUCGUGUAGGAAUAGCACUUCGUUUGUCUGUCGGGCCCUGAUCGAACUCGCCAAGUUGAUGGAAGAAAACGAGAGAAUCAUAGAACAAAACGAAAAAGAAGAAGAAGAAGAAGUAUUAGCACAACAACAACAAGAAGUGUGGAGUUGGGGCGCAGGUACAGAAGGACAACUGGGAACUGGAAAACUCCAAGAUGAACAUAAUCCUCAGUUACUCAAUUCCCUCUCUUCUUUUGCGGGGCCCAUCUCUCUCCUCUCCUGUGGCGGCGCCCAUGUCAUUGCUCUCACCCCUGGUGGAAGCGUGUUGACAUGGGGGAGGGGUACUUCGGGGCAAUUGGGUCAUGGGGAGAUGGUUAAUGUUUUACAGCCCAAGGCUGUAGAGUCUUUGGAAGGCUUUGUCAUCACUCACGUUUCGGCUGGUUGGAAUCACUCGGGAUUUGUUUCAGACAAGGGUUACCUUUUCACUUGUGGAGAUGGCUCAUUUGGUCAGCUUGGACAUGGUGACUGUACAUCACGGUUUUCACCAGAAAAGGUAUCAUACUUCGAGCUGAGGCAUGUUACGCAAAUUGCAUGUGGUAUGCGCCAUUCAGUAGUGCUGGUUAAAGAUCAUUUAGGACAGCAAGUACAUGGAUUCGGUUUUGGAAAGCGUGGUCAACUAGGUAUAUCUAAUGAAAGACUCCAAUCAGUAAGUCUACCUCAGACCUCCGUGGGAUUGAAUGAUGUCAAAAUCGUGAGUGUUUAUGCAAAUGGAGAUCAUAGUGCAGCUUUAUGUGCCGAAGGACAACUAUACACAUGGGGAAGGGGAUUCAGUGGUGCCUCAGAUGUGCAUAUUCCGCAGUGUGUUACCACACGUUUGUCAUUCAGCACUGCUGCUCUAGGGUGGAAUCAUGCUUUACUUUUAACAGGUGAUGGGGAAGCCUUCAUGCUUGGUGACUAUGGCCAUGGAAUUCUUAGCGACCCUCAGAUGACAAGAAGCAGAAAAAAAGAAUCAGAUAAAGAUGCUGUAUGGAGAAUUCCAGGGCUUAAUGGAUUGAAGGUUCGGCAAAUUGCUGCUGGAGCUGAGCACUCUGCUGUAGUAACUGAUGAUGGAUCAGUUUUGACAUGGGGUUGGGGUGAACAUGGCCAGUUGGGAUUGGGAGAUACAGCAGAUCAAACUGGCCCUCACGUUGUAAGUUUUGGCAAAUUAAUUGCUCCUCAGCAUCUUGUUUGUCAAGUAUAUUGCGGAAGUGGGUUCACUUAUGCCAUAAGAACUCCUGGUACGAAUUCUAAUGUUUGACCUGGCUGCAUUUGGGAUCUGGAGAUGUUUUUGACCUAGAUUGCUAGAACAAGACGCUAGCUCACGUAAGAGAUGAUGAUCCUUUCAAGUUUGCCAAAAAAUUGGUUUUUAAUCACUUAGUACUAUGUCAACAGCAACUACAGCUACUCACUCAGUUCUAUGUCGCUUAGAUACCAUUAACUGCGCUGCCCAUAAACAGCUUCCUGAUAUGAGGCAAGGGCAAGUGCAGCUUCCAAAUGGAAACAUGGGUACUGGUAGCAAGAAACCAAGUUAUGCAGGUGACAGUAUUGAAAGAACUGUGAAUUGGAUGUAUUCUUGAUAAAUUCAGAGUAAAUAUGAAUAAAGAGGGAUUUAAAACAAUCGGUCUUGCAAGUGGAAGCUUCAAUCAUUUGAUUCAAGCAAUCGUUUUGUAAUUCUGGAUGCUGGGUGGUCAAGACCAUUUCGUGUUUGUUCUGAAAUUUGUCCAAGGUAGGCAGUCAUGGGGAAGGCCACUGGCCAAUUUCGUGUUCUCUUCUUGGUUAUAUGCUUAUGGCUGCUUUCAUAUAUGCUUAAUCAGAUCAAGCGCUAAGUUAUUGUAACCAGCUUUCCUUUAUUUAAUAGCACUAAAUGUAGAAAGAGGUUUAGUAUUCUUUAAAGCAGUUGUAACAAUCUGAGAGUA